AUGAAUCUUGCUAAGGCCCACUGCGGUGGCGAUAUCAAUGCACCUCUUGUCACAUUCGAAAUGGUCGAGAUUGAGGAGACUCUGAAGGCCGAAAAGCUUGCUAAUGAGAGCACUUCCUGGGCUGACUUGUGGUCUACUCCGGGAAAUCGUCAUCGCCUUUGGAUCUCUGUCUCGCUGGGCAUCUUUGCCCAAUGGUCUGGAAAUGGAGUGGUAUCGUAUUACUUGGCGAUCAUUCUGGAGUCUGUCGGUAUUACCUCAGUCACGGAUCAGACACUCAUCUCCGGAUGCCUUCAGAUCUGGAAUCUUAUUUGGUCCGCGGCGGCUGCCAUCUGCGUCGACAAAGUUGGGCGCAAAGCUUUGUUCAUGGCUAGUGGUAUCAUCAUGCUCGUCUCGUACAUCAUUGUAACGGGUCUAUCGGGAAGCUUCGCGACGAGCGGGAAUGGUCCCACUGGAAUUGCAGUUGUUCCAUUUUUGUUCAUCUACUUCCUUGGAUACGAUAUCGCCCUCACACCCCUGGUGAUCUCAUACCCCGUCGAGAUCUGGACGUACCAAAUGAGAGCUCGCGGACUGGCAGUCUGCCAAAUGGUCUCGCUUGGGGCCAUCUUCUUCAACACCUUCAUUAACCCCAUCGCCCUGGACGCCAUUCAGUGGAAGUACUAUUUUGUCUUCGUUGCGAUUUUGGUCGCAAUGCUGGUGACGGUGUGGUUCACUUACCCUGAGACUCGAGGACGAACACUCGAAAGCAUCGCCUGGCUGUUUGAUGGAGAUGAGGCAAACGUUGGUAUUGCCACCGCUGAGAACACACUCAAGAGCACCAACCAGCAUAUUGAGGACCAUACUACGGACGAAUCUCAGGAAAAGCAGUGA